AUGGAAAACGACGACUAUGGCAAUUAUGAUACUUUCAGAGACUGUAUCUUCUCAGCAAUAGUCGAAAAAUCUCUGGAUCUGUCUAAGAAAGCCUGCAAAGCCGCCAAAAAGGGUGGCCUAGCCAAGCAUGGCGAGAAAGGGGAGUCUCAGCCUCGUGAAAACCUCUAUACGGAAGCUUCAUCUAAAGAGGGAGACGCCUCUGCUCUUGCAGAGUUUUCAGACUACCUCGCCGGUGAAAUAUUCACCAGCCUUCCAAAUGAACUCAAGGGCCUGUCCUACCAUGCGACGCAGAAUGAUGCAGAGCUCUCGGAAAAGUGGUCCUUGCCACUCACUCUUUCCAUGAUUGAGGAAGCUUCUGCACAUAUCUCAGGAGAUGUCGUGGACAGUUUAGCAACAUAUGCGAUCAUUGAGCCACCGAAGUCCGACAUCCAGUCUUUCAUGGGUGGUGUUUUGUCCACCUUUGUCUCGAUCGUGACCAUCCCACCUCCUAAAUGGAUCGCAACCAAGACAGGCGCCUGCGAGAUCUGUGAACGGGACUGGGUACCGAUGACAUACCACCAUCUCAUCCCUCGGCAGAUUCACACCAAAGUCCUCAAAAGAGGCUGGCACGAGGAGCACAAGCUGAACAGUGUCGCAUGGCUCUGUCGCGCCUGCCACAGCUUUGUGCAUCGCAUGGCUUCUAAUGAGGAGCUGGCUUGUGAUUGGUAUACUGUCGACCGGAUCUGUGAGAGGGAAGACAUGCAAAAAUGGGCUCAAUGGGUUCGACGUGUGCGAUGGAAGAAGACCUGA